GUACCUGUCCAUCUCGUCGUCCUCCUCCCUUUAAACUUCCCACUGCGUUACUGGACUCAGCCACCUCUCCUAGGCCAACCAGAACCAGCCAUGAGCAAGUGGUGGUGCGUCGCCUCCCUCCUGCUGUGCCUCGCCGUGGCGGUGGCGGCGGGCAGGGGCAUGCCUGGCCGCAACGACUGCGACACCGUUGCCGUUGCUGCCGGUGGCAACAACCAAGACGGUGAGGUUUUCGGACCUUUCGGUGAAACCAAGACCGCAUAUGCUGGGAGCACUGGUGGCGACGGCGGCCUCUUCGGCGGUGCCGUCAACGGUGGCCCGCUCGGCGGGGGCAUCGCCGGCUUUAGCCCGCACGGCGGGUUUGGGGCCGGCGCCGGGCCGUUCGGUGGGUUCGGCGGCGGCUUCGGCGCUGGUGGUGGAGGCGGCGGAGGGGGAGGCGGUGGCGGCGGCGUCAUACCUUGAGGUGGCCGGGACACGAGCGCGUACGUGCACGUGCACGCAGUAGUAGGUUUGUGCCACCUUACAUGCAUGCAUCUGUAAUCUGUCUGUGUAAUAAGAAGUCUACGUUCGUUAUGGUUCGUACC